AAGAAUAGAGGCAAAAGAGUUGAAAUCCAAAUUGUUUGGGUGUUUAUAGAGUCUGGUUAUCCAUUCCCAGCUGAAGCAACUCUUCCAUUCAUAUAUCUAGGGUUUAACCAGUUGGGGGUUGGGGAAUUCUUCUACAGUGAAGAACACCUGCAUUUUACACAAAAUGGAGACCUCACUUCGUUAUGCUGGAGAUUCCAAGAGUCUGGUGAUUCAUGCCAGGGAGAAAUUCCCCCUCAACACUUUCACCCAUUUGCAGGGUCAUGCAGAACUAGACACCAAAAUUGGAGCACCAACUUAUCUCUGUGCUAUGAUAAGGCAAUACUUUCCUGAUCAAUAUGCUAGUCUCGGUGUUGGAGUGCAAUAUUAUAGGCGGCAAAAGCUCUGGUAUACUGUUCGUGGUAAAAAAGAAUUUCCAGUGACGGCAAAUAAUUCGGUAAACUUUCAUAUCAAGGGCAAGUGCGAUGUGGACGAAAAACUUUUGGAGAGAAAAUCAAGAGUUGCUGCUGAAUUUACUUGGGAUAUCAUGGAUGUGAAAGCAGACCAAGAUGUGAGGCUCAAAGUUGGAUACGAAGUCAUUGAAAAGGUCCCUUACUUUCAGUUUAGUGAAAACAACUGGACUCUCACUGUCAACAAUAUUGGAAAAUGGAAAGUAAAAUAUGUUAUGUGAUAUUACUGAUGGACACGUAACUUGUUCCAGUUAGAGUGGGUUAAUAAUUGCAAGAAAGAAGAAAACCAUCAUCCGUCAUCUGUAUUUCUGUUACAUAUUUUGACAUUCUAUCAUUGCAAAAAGGCAUUACCUUCUGUAAGAUCUGCUUUUGAGUAUUUAUCCAGAGAUAGUGACCCAUUGCAAUACAAAAUUCAAACUCAUGAAAAUUACCUUUCAUUUGUGUAAGAAAUUUUGAUCUCCAUGUAUGUUUGUCUGCAUUGCCUCAUUUACUGUGAAGUUAAAGCUAAUCUAUAUGAUUCGGGAAGCUGUGUUUCUGCA